GCCUGAUGCAAGCACCACAACAAAAUUUUCAACGGUUAUUUUGAUAUGUCUAAAAGGAGCUACCUAUUUGUGAAAAUCUAAAGAUGGUAAAAGGAAGAAGAAGAGGGAGGACCCCUUCAACUCGGGUCACAGAAAGCCAAAAAAAGUCAGAAAAAGUGACAUUUCAAGGAAGAUUAUCUCAUACCAGCCCUGCUGGUAAAAUAACGUCAUAUUUUGAUGCUGACAGUAAGUUGGAUGUUACGCCUAAGGUAGCUCCUAGAAACCUUUCUCCAGCAAUAUCUGUAUUACAACAAAACAAUAACAUUAUAAAAAAAAGUCCUCACCGUAUAGAAAUCUCUGAUACAACUGAAGACAAGAAACCUAAAGCUCCCAUAAGAAGGAAACCCCCUUUAAAUGAUGCAAAGUCAAACAAGUUAACUGACUAUUUUCCUGUAAGAAGGAGUGUGAGGAAGACUAAGAAGACUGUACUUGAAGAAAAGCAGAAGAUUAUUGAAGAAGCGGUGUUAUCAGGCCGAGAAGAUGGUUUAGAAUGCAGAACUUUUGUUGGCAAAGGUAGAGGCAUAGUUUCUGUUAAAGAAUUCAAACGUGGAGACUUCGUUGUUGAAUAUGCUGGAGAAUUGAUCUCGCUUGAAGAAGCAAAGAUACGUGAAGCUAUGUAUGCUCAAGACCAAAACACUGGUUGUUAUAUGUACUAUUUUAUGUUUCACAAUGUGCAGUACUGUAUUGAUGCUACAGCUGAAAGUAACAGACUCGGAAGGCUUGUAAAUCAUUCUCGUAAUGGUAAUCUCAUGACAAAAACCAUUGCUGUUGGUGGUUUACCCCGGUUGGUAUUGAUUGCCAAGGAAGAUAUUAAUCCUGGUGAUGAGCUGACCUAUGAUUAUGGUGAUAGGAGCAAAGAAUCACUAAGGUUUCAUCCAUGGCUGGCUUCUUAAGCAGUAUUAAAAGAUCUACCAGUAGUUUUAUGCAUUGGUUUCAUUGAAAGACUGUACUUUUAUUUUAUGUAUAUAUUUAUUAUCUAUUUAUUUUUAGAAUGAUUUAAGUUUAAAUCGGUUUUAUUAGUUUCAAUGAAAUUUUUUUUUCCUUUACGGUGAUCAAAUUUAUUCUGAU